GCCAAGAAUGGUGUGGGCGAGGACUGUAGUGGUGGCGGUGGCGCUUGCCCUGGCAGCCUGUUCGGCGCACCAGCAGCCGCUGAGCGGCCGCGCGAUCGCCUCGCGCCGGGAUGUGCGCGUCCCGCGCCGCGCGCCGCUGCUUGCCAGCAGAAGCAGCCCGCCCGCGCCGCCUGGGAACGGGCUGGGGCACGCGGGAGGGCUCGCGGCACUGGCGGUUGCGUCUGAGUUGAUGCAGUAUACCAACACGGCGUUGCUGAUCCUGCUCCUCCGCCGGCUGACGCGCAGCGAGACCAUGUCGCAGCUCGCAGAGGCUGUCAUCGGCUGGCUCCGCGCACGUGGCGGCGCGGCGUACCCAAUCUACGUCGCGCUGCUGGUCGGUCUGCAGGCGCUGCCGCUCUUCUCGGCGCUGCUCUUCAUUGUGCUCGCCGGCGCGGUCUUCGGCGCCGUCCGCGGCACCGCCGUCGUCUCGCUCUCACUCACGCUCGCUGCAGUCAUGUGCUGUGCAUUUGGGCGUGCUAUCGCAGGCCGCGCCGGAUACAGCCUCGACCGGCUCUCGCCCAAGGCAGCUGCGGCGGUCGACAUCGAGAUCGCGACGCAGCGGCCGCGCACCUCGCUCCUCCUCUGCACUCUCCUCCGCCUGAGCCCCGUCGUGCCCUUCACCUUCUCCAACUACCUCUUCGGCGAGAGAGUGGCGCAGUCCACCCUUUCCAAGAUGGAGCUCGACAUCAACCCGACACAGAGCGGGGGGCGCAGGCAGCGGCAGCCCCGUCUCGGCGCGUGA